CGGUGCUUUUUCAAUCGUAUCAAGUUAGUAUUUGGCGGGUAUUAUAAAUGUUUUGAAUCUUUAUUAACUAACCGGUUAUCAUGGUUAAAAUAAGUGAUUAUGAUUGUAUUGGCUUCGAUCUCGAUCACACGGUCAUCCAAUACAAGCUUAGCAAUCUUUAUACGUUGACGUACAAGUUCCUGACGACCUUCUUAGUCAAGGAAAAGGGAUAUGACGCAAGUUUGCUUGACAGUAGUUUAGAGGACCAUAAGGACUUCAUUUUGAGGGGGUUGAUCCUGGAUGCAGACAAGGGGAAUUUGAUAAAGCUAGACAAACAUGGUUGUAUACUGAGAGCUUCCCAUGGAACAACACCAAUGAGUGACAAGGAGAUCCUAGAUUGCUAUGGAGAGAAAAGAAAGUUUCUACUCUUUGAAGAAUUGAAAUCAUCCAUGAUAAAAAGACACAGACAUAUUAGUAGCUUCAGAAUUUUUGAAACUUUCUUUGAUCUUCCUGCAGCUCUUGUAGCAGCCAAACUUGUUGACGUUAUCGAUGCCAAGAGUGGCAGACCUGAGAAAUAUACAUUUUGGCCAGAUAUUAUGGAAGCAUUUAUUCUCAACUUUAGUCCUUCAUCGUUUACUGGUAUUGAAAUAUUGAAUUACUAGUAAUAACUAUUGACUAGCUCUUUCGUGCAUUGGUUUUCCCAUCCAUCUAUCCAUUCAU